AUGAUCGGGUGCGCGGUAGUUUCCUACUUGUUAUCGGUAUUUACACGCAUUAAUUAUUGGCUUACAACUCUUGUAACCAUUGAACGUCUUAGUAUGGUUUUAUUUCCAACAUCAACAACAUUGAAGAAACCACGUGUGGCACUCUCUUUGAUUUUAUUGGUUAUUUUUACAAUCUUUGGUAUGCAUGUGCAUGAAAUACUUCAUUAUACAACAAUCUUCGAUCCAUCCGAUCCAUCGGGAAAAGUUACAUUAUGUGUCACUGCCUACACGAAUUCACUAAUCUCAGUGUACAACCGUGUUAAUGUCCUUGUUCAUUAUUUCAUUCCAUUUAUAAGUCAAGUUGUAUCAGCCACUAUCCUCAUUAUUCGAACAGCUCGUAGUCGUCAGCGUACAACUGGUGGACAACAAACGUUCAUUGAUUUAUUUAAAAAACAGUUCAAAACACAAAAAGAACACUAUGUCACACCGAUUAUUAUUGCUCUAAGUUCACUACCACAAGCUAUCCUGUCAUUUACCUAUGCUUGUACGGAAUUGAAACAAGCAUGGCAACGUUAUAUCUUACUCGCAACAUAUUUCUUAUCCUAUUUGCCACAGAUCCUUGGCUUUAUCCUUUACGUUCUACCAUCGACAUCAUACAAAAAAGAAUUUCAACAAACAUUUAUUGGCAAAAGACUCAUAAAGAAAACAAUCAGUACGUAG